AUGCAUUGGAUGGGCAGGGGGCUGAAUGCUGAGGAAUUGAAUCUGGCCCGUGCCACAUCUUUGCGAACCGGCCUACGGGGAAUCGCACGACGAUUUGCAGCGACACUGCCAAUUGAAGUUCAGAAAGAUUUUGUCAAAUUGUCCCAAGAAAUGAACCGCCAAUUUCCAUGGGUCCAGGUGCAGCAAGACCGAUUGGCGCCAAUAAGAAAAUUAGCAUCAUUGAAGCAGGGAACUCGAUCAUUUCGGGAGUAUGUUGAUGAAGCAUACAGGUUGCGAGCUGAGGUACCAGUUGAAGACGGCGAGCGGCUGGCCUUGUCUUGGGUUGAGGGGUUAAACAACCAAAAUGUUUUGAUGAUUAUGCGCAGCUUCAUACAAGAUAGGGGCGCAAGCCAUCGAUUUUCCCUUGACGAAAUGGUUACUAAAGCCAGAUCACUCCUGCAUGAGGGGAUUCCUGAGCAACCCGACCAGGAAACGGAUACGGAAAAGAUUACGAGGGCGCUCAUGAGAAUUGCUGAUGGCUUCGACAAAGGUGCACGCAUUAGCGUGACAUCGACUCCGCCAACGCAGAGAACAGCACGCGACCGUACUAUGGACCAGGAUCGGCGCGAUGGAGCACCGACUGGUAGCCGCCAAGCUCUGCCGGGACCAGAGCGCAAUCUAAUCUGUUUCCGCUGUGGCAAGGAAGGCCAUCGGUCAUCGGCAUGCACACAGACACCGUUACCUCUUGAAGAGCAAAACCGAAUUCGGAACGCGGCAUGGGGUCGUCAAAAUCCGACUCGGGAACAGCGGAUGAGGGAUCCUCCAUUGUCCCAAACGCUGGGAGGAGAGCGUGUCACUGAAAUCCCUACAGCAGCCGCAGCUUUAGAGCCUGAAGAUGGUCCGCAAGGACAUUACAUCAGUUAUUUUUCUACUGAUCUUCCGCUGUCAACAGAAACUGGGCAAUCAGAUACCUAUCCCCCUAUGAAUACUGUCGGAAUUGACGAGUGGGGAGGCGCUACUCAAAGUGUUUACACUGUGGAAAUGACAGACGAAAUGCGGGCGGUUCGAAGCCAAAUGGACCAGCUUUAUGCAGCGGGACACAAGAGAAUGCGGGGCGAAGAUGACCCGGCACCAAAUGAAUCAGACAGAGACAGGGGAGCGCAGCCUGGACCGUCGAUGUUUCGACGAAAAGCUAGACCCACGGAUGAAGACGACCAGCCUCAUGGACUGAUCCAAGGCCUGAUUGGACCCCGUAUAAAUGUGAAAGAUCUGGUCAAUCAAGUCAAGGUGACAUUGUCUUUUGCUCAGCUCUGCGAUGUCUCUCCGUAUGUUCGUGAAAGAGUGGUGGAAAGCCUUCAACCCUGGGAAGCUGAGCAUGGCGGACAUUCCUCCAAGGGAAAAGAACCUAUGGUUACGGUCCCGAUUAAUGCUGUAGGCGGAGCUAUGAUGCCGACUCGCAUUCUACAGAGAGUGGCUUCAACAGACGUGCAUUUGCCAGUCGAAGAAAAGAAGCUUAAGACUGAGAACCUUGAUAUGCGAGCCUCCCGGCUAUUCUUUGCGCAGGCUGUCAUUCUGGCCCGCUGCGAGGAUAGCAAGCUCAGGAUGAGCAAAUUGAAAUCAUGUCUGAUUGAUGGAGGCGCUUCAGCAAACCUCAUUUCAAGCAAAGUCGUUAAGACCUUGGGAGUCUCACAGAUCCCGGUCCAUAACGGUGCAAUCGAAAUGGCUGAUGGGAGUAUUUCCCAUAUCCACGCACUGGUAUGGGUACAGGUGGCAGUGGCAGGAGCUCAUCGAGUUGUUAUGGCCCUGGUUGCACCAGGAGAUACAAACUAUCACAUGAUCCUUGGACGGCGAUGGAUGCAAGGUGUGGGAAUGGUUGGCACCUAUCUCGAUGGUCGCUACAGUCUGAUCAAUGAUGAUGGAAUCCGAACCGAGGUGUUACGGUCCAGGGAUGUUCGCCCAGACAUGGCACAGAAGAAGGAAAUGCCGAAACCCAUUUGGACAAAAGUCGACCCCGUGGAAGAUCCCGAAGAAAUGAACAGUGCAGUAAAGAUGAGAGGCUCUCAUACCGGCAGACCACAAUCCUGUGCCGUCAGAACGGAUGAGGAUGAAUACUUAUUCAAGGGAAUGGACUUUGAUACUGAUGAGGAUGGAAGCAAUUUCAUCGGUACAGUCUCCCCCAUUUCGGAUGAGACUCUAUCUGCAGAGUCACAAGAAGGGAUGUCGGGAAACUGA